CUUUCCACACACUUUCUCCUCAUGUCUUUAUACUGCGAAGUGAACAGUCUUGCAGCCCCGGCCUUUCAGCUGCGUUGCUGCAACUUAUUUAUGCAAGGACCACCUUCCUUCCGAGUGUUGCUACUUCCAACAGAUUAACGCAGCAUCAACGCAACACUUCCAUGUCUUUUCCAAGUCAUCACCGCGUGUCUCAUAAAAAGCCAAUAGCACUCCACCCCCACCCUCUCCUUAAUCGCUCUCGUCUCCUGUCAAGCACACAGAAUUCUUCAUCAUCAUGGAUACAAACCCCCGACGAGAUACUGAAUUCUACUUUGACACAAUCACAUUUCUAGUCGACAGUAUUAUUUUUAAAGUCCCCUCCCAAUACAUCCACGACAAGUCAGAAGUAUUCGGUGCUGGGGCGCAAAUAUCUGCUGCAAGUGGUGAAGGAUCGUCCGACGCGAAUCCUGUGAAGCUUUCACCUUUGCCUCAUGGUUGUAAUGCAGAGGACUUUAAACGCCUUCUUAGAAUUAUCAUCGCUCUGACCGUGGAUUUACCCACACCCACGAAUCAUACGUUGGAACAGUGGCUCUCGGUACUCAAGCUCUCGACUGCUUGGUGUUUCUCCGAUGUACGCAACUUGGCUAUGGAGCGGGUAUCAGGGUCACCAUCCAACUUUACCAGGGAUCAGUGGAUUACAGUGUUGGACUUUGCCCAUAACUCCGACCUGUUCAUUGAUCUUCGUGUCCUCGCCAUUACGCGCAUAUCUGGUUUCGCUUUCAGCUCUAGGGUGGACCAAGUCCUCCUAGGUCGCAAGUAUCUUCAUAAACCAUGGGUUAUACAAGGCCUGAGAGAACUGGCCAAUGUGUCUACUCUUCCCCCAUUACCAGACCUCAACCGCCUAGGACAAGAAACACUGAUUGGAGUGCUCUAUAUAGCGUGUAACAGAGCGCAGAGAUAUCGCGGGCCGUAUAAUGAUCGAGAAGUCGAUGAACACUUUCGCGACGAGAUUUCUUCGCUUUUUCCACUCUCAUUCUAAUAUCAUCGACGGCGUUUCGUGCACGAUGCAGUAUUGAAUGGCA